UUGGUGGGCGUGUUUUCGUCAGUACUUGAGAGCAGCGGCUGAAGCCUCAUUAUUCACACACGUUAAAGUGACGGGACAUCGAUGAUGGACAGUCACGUGACUCGGACAACUAUGGAGCUUCUUCUUGUCCUCGUCUGUGUCGUUUCAACAUCUGCUGAUGAAAGCGCUCCAGCCGUCAUCAACAUGGUGGUGAGAGAAGGGGACGAUGCAGUUUUAAGCUGUUCCUUGGGCAGCAGGAGCAUCAAGCAGGAGCUGUUUGACUGGAAGAAGGACGGUCAGAAGGAGGUGUUCAUGUACGAUCGGGGCUCUCACUACAACAACAACCCCUCAAGCCAAGACCCCGACUUCAGAGGACGAGUCUUUCAUUUUGCACAACAGCUGGAGGUCGGUAACGCCUCUGUAGUUAUCAGACCAACAAAGGUGACUGACAGUGGAAACUACACCUGUGAUUUUCCCUUUCAUCAGCCACGCAGAAGAUCACACAUUGUUCUUGUUGUUGAUCCUAUCUUAACCUCUUAGGGCCCAUUUUUCUCAUGUGCACUUCAGUCUCUUAACACUUUACCAUUUUAAACAGCGAUUAAUACCAAGACCAGGAGGAAGUGAUGCAUUUUCAGCCGCAUCACUGUAAACAAACUGUCAUAAGUUCCAUCAGGUGUGUUGAUCUCACUCACAGCUCUCACACAGUUCAUGUAGUGAAGCAUUAAACAGCCAAAAACACAACUUUUAUUCUUCUCUUCUCUUUAAUUCACAUUUAAAGCACAACACAUCAGUCAUAAUCAGAGCUAUCAGGCUGAAAUUCACAGAUUAUUUGCCUCCACUCGUCUUCAGCAUCUGCACCAAGUUUCAUGUUGAUGUGAUGAAGUGGCGCUGAGAUAUUUGACAAAGUGCAGUACCGAUCAUCUCCAUCAGAGGGCCACAGAGUUUGAGAAAACUUCUCCAAAGUCGCCAAAUAAUGAUGAUAAAUGUCUUUAAUGUCCCUGAAAAACUGUCUCUUAAUGUCAACAUUGACUAAAAGAAGACGUUGUUGACAUUUAGAUAAAGAUUGACACGUUUAGUCUCGUUAAAUCUCGUCUCUUUGGACUGAUAAUCACGUUUCUCUGUGACGUGAAAUGUCCCACUGCCACCGGAAGUCGAGCAACGUCCACUUCCAUAUAUGGUCACACAGGUAAUUUGCCUGGCGACGAACUCCCGGU